AUGGCGACGACCGGCGCCGUCGCCGCGACGCCCGCGGCGAAGAUGACCGAGCGCCAGCAGCUCGCUAUCGCGCUCAGGGAGUCCAUGUCCGCGGCCGCGACGCCGCCGCUCGCCGAAGCGCGCGCGGAGGAGCCGAAGCGACGGAAGCUCACCAGGGUCCAGAAGGAGCUCGCGUCGCUCGCGCCGUGGGCGUGGGAUCCGCUCGUGUCGCGGCACGCCCCGGGGGCGAGCAUGAUGCGCGACUUCACCGAGGUGGUCGCGGACAAGACGGUGACGACGAACACGACGUCGUACACGUUCAAAGGGACGACGGUCAGCGGCGGCGUCGAGCUCCCGGGGUCGCCGGUCGCGCCCGCGACGGCGGCGAAGGCGACGCCGCGGGGGUUCAAUAAUUUCGACGCCAAGGGCGGCGCCGGCGCCGGCGCGCGUCCUCGGACGGCGACGCCGCCGACGGCCGCGGGCGCGUCGACGCCACCGUCUGCCGUCGCAGUCGGAGCGGCGAAGUACCCUAGGGUACUGAGCAACAGUGGCGGCGUCUUAAAGACGCCGGCGCUCGCUUCCUCUCUGCAGCGGGAGAAGAAGAAGCGGGAGAAGAAGAAGAAGCACAGACUCUCCGUGGGGAGCGGCGGCGGCUCGCCGGGCGGCUCGCCGGGCGGCUCCGUCGACGGCGACGGCGACGGCGACGCGAGGAACCUCGUCGCGGAGCUCGAGCGCGCGGUCUCCCCGGUCUCCCCGACCGCGAGCGAGGAGGGCGAGCACGCGCGCGCGUCUGUGCGCGUCGCGCGGCGCGAAAAGGCGGAGAGGGAGGAACGCGAGACGGCGACGGCGCGGCGCGAAUCGGAGGAGAGGGAAAAGGCGCGCGCGAAGCGGGAGAAAGCCGCGGAGAAGGCGAAGGAGAAGGAGAAGGCGGCCGCGGAGAAGGCGGCGGCAUCCGCGGCGACCAAGGAGAAGAUCGCGAAGGAGAAGGCGAGGCGCACGAGCGGCGGCGUCGUCAAGGACAGAGAGCCCUCCGCCGCCGGCGGAGACGACAAGGAAAACGUCAAGCCGCUCCCCGCCGGGAAGGACGCGAACGUCUCUAGGCCUCCGCGCGGCGCCGCGACGACGGCGCCGCGCUCGCACCACCGCCGCCCGCGCGCGCCGCCCGCGCCCGCCGCCGCCGCCGUCGCGGAUCGCCGCGGGUCGAACUCGAGAGCGGCGGCGCUUCUCGCCGUCGCCGCCGCGGAGGCGGCGUUCGACGCGGAGAAGUCGAGCGGCGCGCGACGAACGACGGCGUCGCAGCACCUCCUCGCGAUGUACUACAAGCUCUCCGGACGGGAGGGCGGAGAGGCGGACGAGGCGGACGACGACGAGGACGACGACGACGACUCGGAAGACGACGCGCUCGCCGCGGCGCCGGCGCCGGGACCGACCCGCGACGUUAUGCCACGUCAGUUCCACGUCAGCGCAUCGUCAGCCGCGCCGUCGUUCUUCGACGCGACGAGCUGCGGCCCGUUUCGAGGCGCGGAGAUGACGAAACCCGAGGACUUCGCGCGGUACCACGCGCAGCCGCAGCGGGUCGUGUCGCUGACGAACACCCUCGCGCGGGCGUGCGCGUACGUGAACGAGGUGGACGCGAGAGUGGAAGUGGGAGGGGGAGAACACAUUUAG